UUAUGUGAUUGUUUAUCACUUGGCUUAUCAGUCAAUCAAGUAAAUUUUAGUAUCAUGAAAAGUCUACCUGAAAAAGUGGAAGUGAAUGUUUAUUUUUGUGGCAGUAGUCAUAGAAUAAAGCGUAAGCUGCGGUCUAACUUUGUUUAAAGUCACACAUGGUGCAGUAAAAGAGAUUAAGACAGUCUCGCGAUGAGUGCUGUACAUGCAUCUACAAUCUUAUUCCGUUUCAAACAUUUCUUUAUUUUUAUCCUAUUUAUCUUACUGUUAUCUUUUUUCUCAUUUCUUUUACCAACUAACUUAGAAGUAUUUAAAGGACAGACCACAGAACAAUUUAUAACAGGUAGUUUAGAUAAUCUACCGAAAGUUGUGUUGCAGUCCAACUCAGUCGUCACAACUGGUCGAAAUAACAAAUGCAACUAUUACAAUUGUUUCAAUGUUUACCGUUGCGGAUUCGGAGGAAGUGGGCACAUUCAUGUGUAUGUUUAUCCCCUGAAAAAAUAUGUUGAUGCCCAAGGAAAUGAUAUUGGUAUCCCCUUAUCGAAGGAGUAUUUUGCCUUGCUAAAAGCCAUUGUCGGCAGUAAAUACUACACUCCUCAUUCUGAGAAGGCAUGCGUCUUCAUACCAUCGAUUGACACUUUGAAUCAAAAUAAAAUCAACUUGAAGCAGACGUCCCAGGCUCUGGCGAAGCUGCCAUUUUGGAAUGGUGGUGAAAACCAUCUACUUUUCAACAUGAUCCCCGGAGUUAUGCCUGAUUAUAAUACAGUAACAGAUCUAGCUAUUGGAAAUGCCAUGCUUGCUGGUGCCGGUUUUGAUUCUUGGACCUACCGAGUUGGUUAUGACUUAUCCAUCCCAGUUUUCAGUCCCUUGGCUGCUACCAUUAAGCUACACUCAUCAUCACAUCAAAGACCUUGGCUAAUGAUAUCCUCUCAGCUGAACAUCCAUCCUGAUUUCACAAAUGAGCUUUUAAAUUUGGCCUCAGUUCAUUCAAAUUUGUACAUUAUGGAAUCAUGUGCUGAUCCAACCAGAGUGAAUAUACGAUGCCAUCAAAACAUCCCGUACAAUUAUCCAAAUGUUCUAAAGAAAGCUGUAUUUUGUUUAAUCCUGCGGGGAGCCAGGCUUGGGCAAACUACUCUUCAUGAUGCGUUGGCCGCUGGAUGUAUCCCUAUAAUCGUUGCUGAUACUUAUGUCAUGCCAUUUUCAGAGGUUAUUGACUGGAAAAGAGCGGCCAUUUUUGUGCAAGAAGGAAAUUUAAACUCUGUGUAUGAUGUAAUGCAGAAGGUUUCAGAGGAGAGACGUGUUGAAAUGUCACAGCAAGUCAGGUGGUUGUACAAGCGCUAUUUUGUCAGCAUUGAAGUCAUGGCUCUGACUGCACUCGACAUCAUAAACGAAAGAGUCUUCCCGGAAAACAUGCUUUUCUACGAGGACUGGAAUAUCCCGUCACUAAUACCUGGAUCUCGUUCUCCUCUUUUUUUGCCUGUGACGGCUUCACGAUCGAUGGGAUUCACUGCUGUAAUUCUUAUGUACGAUAGGAUCAGUAGCUUAUUCACUCUCAUUCAGAAACUUGCAACAGUUCCAAGUUUAAGCAAAAUCCUUGUCAUUUGGAAUCAUCAGCAUAAACCACCUCCCCCUGAAUCAGCUUGGCCAAAAAUUAUGAAGCCCCUGAAAGUGAUACAAACACCGGAGAACAAACUUUCAAAUCGGUUCUACCCAUAUGAUGAAAUAGAGACAGAAGCUAUUCUGAGCAUUGAUGAUGACAUUGUCAUGAUGACAAAUGAUGAGUUAGAGUUUGGUUUUGAGGUUUGGCGUGAGUUUCCUGAUAGACUUGUUGGGUUUCCUUCUCGCUUGCAUGUCUGGGACAAUGUGACAGGACACUGGAAAUACGAGUCAGAAUGGACAAACAAUAUUUCUAUGGUGCUGACUGGUGUCUCCUUCUAUCAUAAGUAUUGGAAUUAUAUGUACACCAAAGUACUCCCAAAGUCUGUCCGUAACUGGGUGGAUGAUCACAUGAACUGUGAAGAUAUUGCAAUGAAUUUCCUCGUUGCUAAUGUUACAAACAAGGCCCCUAUCAAAGUGACGCCACGGAAGAAAUUUAAGUGCCCACAAUGUACUAGCACUGAAAUGUUAUCUGCUGAUCUGAGUCACAUGAUAGAGCGCUCUCACUGCAUUGAUCGAUUUACCACUGAAUUUGGUAGGAUGCCUUUGCUCUCCAUAGAAUUUCGUGCUGAUCCAGUUCUCUACAAAGACAACAUUCCUGAAAAACUGAAACGAUUCAGCAAUAUUGGUAGCUUGUAAUUUAAUUCAGGUGUCGCCAACCCUUGGAUGGUUGCUCAAUUUUGGAGGGCUGCAUCAGGUCAAGCAGUAGAAUGGAUGAGGAGCUAAUCGACUGGCCCCCUCUUCCGUCUGGCUCUUCCUUUAGAAUCUUGUUGUAAAGACCCGAUGAUUUGCGAUCUCUAUUAUAUGCCGAAACGGCUUAUCUUGGGUAGAUCGGAGCCGAAGAGAUGCCUUCAAGAGCCUAGUGGCAAGUGAAAGGUGGUUUCUGCAGAGGUGUCGAGAAAGGAAUAUUUCAAGGAUUGCGAAAAAAGUUAUUUUCAGCAACAAUGGAGGUUGUUCGUUAGGAUCAUAGCAGUUUGCCUUAUUUUAAUCCCUCUUAACGAGGAUUCCAUGCUCCCCAUCAAACAAGGAAUUUCCUUACAGAGGUAUAUUAGAGUGAUUAUCUUGGAAGCAGAAGAAAAUUAUAUCAGAGUAAUAUUAUGUAACAUGCAAGGAAAGUGCCUAAGCAUGGAUCAUUUUGCAGAGUUGCAGUUUGUAUUAAGGAACCUCAUACCAAAUAAUCACAAAACUUAGCUGCGGGGUGAUCAUUGAAAUGACAUCGACUCUAUGUCGCCGCUUUGUCAUGCUGCACAAUCGACUGAGUGGCACUUAGUUGAUUGUGCGACACGACAAAGCGGUGACAUAGAGUCGAUAUCAUUUCAAUAAUCUCCCUGCUGGUGCCUACUUCUUUGGUUUCAUUUGCAUAAUAUCUCAGUGAGGUAAAAACUUGGAUAUCGUCGAAAAAUUAGAUAGAAAGACAGUUUAUUUAGACAUUUUCACUCAACUUGAUGUAUUGAAAUAUAAUACAAGAAAAUGAUGAAAACUGCACAGCUGUAUAAAAGACUUUUGAUACUCAGUAAAUCAUUAUCAUUGAUAUUUUUACGCACAUUUAAGAAGAGUUUAAGAAGAAGGGCCCAUGAAACACAUGUGAGUUUGUGUCUCCUAACUGUCUUGGCUAGACAAGCAAGUAGCAAAGGUCCCAGCUACUCUGUCACAUUUGUCCAAAUAGUUGCUGCUCAGAGAAACAAGCUCACCUGGACUUUCAUGGGCUCCUCUUCUAGAGCCCUCUUCAUUUGUAGAGGAUUUGAUCUCUAGCAAUUUAGAAGAACAGAAAUGUGUAGUUAAUGACCAAAGAACUGUAAUUACAUUUUUACUAAUUCAGUAUUUCGAAGGAAACCCAUGACAGUUCCAUAUAAUAUAUUCUGCAAUUUUAAGAACUCGGUAUCUUUGGUAUGAUAUUAGGUAUCGUAUAAUGACCAAUUUAUUUUACUCACAUGGAUAUACCCUAAGUAUGUCAAGAAUGCGAAUUACUCGAUUUCUCCAAAAUUGUUAAUUACGUUUCUUUAGCUUUAAACUACAAAAAAUAGGUCAGCAAUUUUCUUUUAUUCGCUUUUAUCACUUCUAAGCACAUCUGUGAUCAUUCAGUGCUAGAAAAUCGUAUAGGAAAUGAAUGUAAUGUGCAAACCAGUGUUGAAGGAUGACGCUCAUAAUAUACAUAUUGUGAUUUUCAUUUAAAUCGUAGAAGUUGAGAAUGACUACUGUAACAAUGUAGUUGAUUACAAAGCUAUACUUUUAGUGAAAAGAGCUCGCAAAAGCUAGAAAUAGAUUAUGAAAAAACUUUUAUCCCUAUGAUCAAAGCUUUAAGUGAGAGGGUUUUUUUUUUUCUUUUCCCCUUUUUUCCUAUGUUUUUCUUUUGAAACAGCACAAUUUUUUUAUUUCAACAUUUUGAUGUUCUCUUUGAAUAGCUUAGCGUAGAUCUCAACAAUGACAUUAUCAAGUGACAACAGUUGGAUUCGUCACGAAUUUUUCUGCAAACUUAGAAUAAAGAAAGGAAGCAAGAUCUCUACAGAUAAAUCUUUCAAUUUUUGUUUUUAUUUAAUAAACAUGGAUUGGAUUGAUGAGCAGUGAUAUAGAUAUUGGCAACAAUUUUAGAAAUUCCAUGCUGCAUUUAAUUUAGGGUAAAGUA